AUCCCUUCCGGAUCCUCACUUCCUGCCGACACGCACCCGUCGACGUCUCAUGGUUCCUCCGUGGAAAUGGCCUCGUCUGGUCCCCGAGCUGUAAAUGCCAAAUGAGCUGCUCUUUUCUGUGGUGGAGAGAGAGUCUGCAGAGAGAAGAUAGCUAGUGAGUUACGGUAAUCAGGCAGAGAAAAACAAUGCCACAUUUCCCGUGGCCAGAGCCGCUGUCACCGGCGCAGCUCAAGCGUCUGGAGGAGCAUAAAUACAGCGCCUCCGGUCGGUCCCUGCUGGAGCCUCCGUGCCAAAUCUACUGGAACUGGCUCGUACAGCAAAUCCCCACAUGGAUCGCACCAAACACCCUGACUAUUGUGGGACUGAUGGUCAACAUCCUCACCACGGUGGUGCUCAUAUAUUACUGUCCCACGGCGACGGAGGAGGCUCCAGCAUGGGCCUUCAUCAUGAGCGCUUUGGGCCUCUUCAUCUACCAGUCUCUGGACGCCAUUGAUGGGAAGCAGGCCAGGAGGACGAACAGCAGCUCAGCUCUGGGGGAGCUCUUCGACCACGGCUGCGACGCCGUCUCCACAGUCUUUGUUGCUGUGGGGACGUGUGUUUCGUGUGGCAUAGGAAGAUACCCAGACUGGAUGUUCUUUUGUGGUUUUAUCGGGAUGUUCAUGUUCUUCUGCGCCCACUGGCAGACCUACGUGUCCGGGACUCUCCGCUUUGGCUUGAUUGACGUCACGGAGGUGCAGAUCGCCAUCACCAUCAUGUAUUUGAUGUCGGCCUUCGGAGGCGUGAGCCUUUGGCAAACGACGUUGCCCAUCAUUGGACUGAAGAUGUACGUCUUCCCCAUCAUAGGCAUCAUCGGCGGGGCCCUCUACUCCUGCUAUAACUACUUCCAUGUCAUUUUGAACGGAGGUGUUGGCAAAAACGGCUCUACUGUGGCUGACACCAGUGUGCUGAGUCCUGGUUUGCACAUCGGCCUCGUCCUCACAUUGGCCUUCAUCAUUUUCAAGAAGUCGUCCAACCAGCUGUUUGAGCUCCAGCCGUGUUUGUACCUGCUCGCCUUUGGCUUGGUCACCGCCAAGGUCUCCAACAAGCUGGUGAUCGCACACAUGACCAAGAGUGAGUUGCACCUCUCGGACACGGCCUUCGUAGGCCCCGGCCUCCUCUUCCUCAACCAGUACUUCAACAGCUUCGUCGACGAGCAUAUAGUCCUCUGGAUCGCCAUGGUCUUCUCUCUGCUGGAUCUAACGCGCUACUGUACCGGCGUGUGCCUCCAGAUCGCCUCCCACCUGCGCAUCCGAGUGUUUAGCAUCACGCCGCCGGGCAAGGCCCACCGCGAGUGACGAGUUGCCCGGCGGGAGGAGGCGGGGGGAGACGCAGAUCUCUCUCCGCUCAUGAAAGCAGACGAGGAGGAGGAGGAGGAGAGACACUCCUCAACCCCGAGCCACUGCAGCCUUGACAAAGUGACCACUUCUGAUUAAAACUGCCUCUCCCACAAGAUGGAACAAAAUAUAACCAAGUAAACACUACAAACCAAAAAGGAAAAAAAAAAAAGAUUUGAAAAGCAUGGAUCUAUUGAAAAUGGAAAUGACAUGGAACCAGAUGUUUCCCUUGAAUUCCUCAUUGGCCGUUGAAGCCAAUAAGUUUUAAUUUAGACAUCAUUGCAUGAAAAUAAAGUUUAGAUUUUUACAUCCACUUCCUGCUUAUUAAACGCAAAUACCAAAACAUUUUCUUUAACUGGAACUUAUAGUUUUGGCAUAAAUCAAAGCAUUUUAUCUGCUUUAAAUUUACAGAUGUGUGUCAAAUAUGUGGGGUUGUCAUAUAUUUAAGAAACAUAAAUAUAUGACAAUCAUAAGUGCUGAAUUAGGUGAAUCUCUUUGAAAUAUGCCCAAACUAAAUGGAUCACCUGUUGAAAGUUUUCUUAAUUAUUUGUUUUUAUUCAUUAAAUGAAUGUGACUCAAUCUGGCAAGAAUCAGGGCUUGAAAAUGCGGAUUAAAAUUUUAAAAAUGACCUUUAAAACCUCAAAUAAUUUCCAAUGAAGUGUGCAAUGUGGACCUGCAGGUUGUCAACGUGUCGGGGCGACAGUCUGUGUUAGUGCUGAAAACAACGACAGGCUUUCUAUCAGGCUUCUCUUAAAAACACCUUUCUAAUAAUAUUUUUAUUCUCUGUUAUUCAUCUCAACCUACAAAACUGAAAAAAAAAAAAAAUAACUCAUCUCCUGCCUUUUAGAGCGCUGUCGACUAAUGAAGCAUUAACACAAGACCUGUUCUGCUUUCUAUGUUCUUCUCCCUGAAGGGCUAAUAGUUAAUUGUUUGUGAUUGUACAGAAUUCAACUGAAAACGCCUUAAAUAUUUUUGUUGUAAUUACUGUUUAACUUGUGAAUAUUUAAAACAGCUUUGUACAUUUUUUUGUUUUUCACUGAAGUAUCAAACCAGAUGCAACAAUAGUAAUAAUACAAUGCUACUGGAACUGUUCACUCACAAAGUUUCUUCACUUAUACAGAUGUAUAUUAUGUAAAGGUGAUUGAUUAAUUUGGUUCUCGAAGGUUUGUUGGAUUAUCAGUAAUUUCAUAUUGAUUAAAUAUCAUUGAAUUGUUGUUAUCUGAUUUACUCAUAAUUCAGGUUCAUUUGGUUCAAAAGGGAUAUUUCUGUAGUGCUGGUAAACUAUAUAAGGGUAAAAGACAAUGGUGGUAAAAGACUGGUAGUCUGGAAUUUUAUUUGGAAAAUUGUUCUGUCAGAUUCUGCUUCUGCAGGAUUAUGGACAAAAUGGAGGGGCAUGUCCUAAAAAGAUGAUUUUGCUAAAUUUACGAUUGACUUUGGAACUAUGCAUUGAAAUGUACAACCUUUAUUUCAACACCAUGUUGCACUGUUCAGUAAUACAGUAAAAACACCUUUCUACUAACAGAUACUGUAUGAGUGGAAAAGAUUGUAAUAAAGAAAAUAUUUUUCA